GGCUUGCGAACUGCCUGCCCCUGUGACUGCUUCCUUCAGCUCCGGCGGCCUGUGGCAAUGGGGCAAGAACCGCGGACGCUGCCGCCUUCCCCCAACUGGUACUGCGCCCGCUGCAGCGAUGCCGUGCCCGGGGGCCUCUUUGGCUUCGCGGCGCGUACCUCCGUCUUCCUAGUCCGCGUGGGCCCGGGCGCCGGCGCGAGCCCUGGGACUCCCCCGUUUCGAGUCAUAGGAGAGUUGGUGGGACACACGGAAAGAGUCUCUGGCUUCACAUUUUCUCAUCACCCUGGUCAAUACAACCUCUGUGCCACCAGCUCCGAUGAUGGGACUGUGAAAAUCUGGGAUGUAGAGACAAAAACAGUUGUGACAGAACAUGCACUCCAUCAGCAUACGAUAUCAGCAUUGCAUUGGUCUCCUCGAGUAAAGGACUUAAUAGUAUCUGGGGAUGAAAAAGGAGUAGUUUUCUGUUACUGGCUUAACAGAAGUGACAGCCAGCACCUCUUUAUAGAGCCCAGGACAAUUUUCUGUCUUACGUGUUCACCUCAUCAUGAAGAUUUAAUAGCCAUUGGCUACAAAGAUGGCAUAGUGGUUAUAAUUGAUAUCAGUAAGAAAGGAGAAAUUAUUCACAGGCUUCGAGGCCAUGAUGAUGAAAUCCACUCCAUAGCCUGGUGUCCCCUGCCUGGUGAAGAUUGUUUAUCCAUAAAUCAAGAGGAAAAUUCAGAAGAACCUGAAAUUCCCAAUGGGAAAGCUACAGCACAAACUCCAGUAACAAAAGGCUGCUACGUAGCCACUGGAAGUAAAGAUCAAACCAUUCGAAUCUGGAGCUGCUCUAGAGGCCGAGGGGUGAUGAUUUUGAAAUUGCCCUUUCUGAAAAGAAGAGGAGGGGGUAUAGACCCAACUGUUAAGGAGCGCCUUUGGUUGACACUCCAUUGGUCCAGUGAUCAGCCAACACAGCUGGUAUCCAGCUGUUUUGGAGGCGAACUGCUGCUAUGGGAUCUCACCCAGUCCUGGAGACGGAAGUACACCCUCUUUAGCGCUUCAUCAGAAGGGCAAAAUCAUUCAAGAAUUGUGUUUAAUUUAUGUCCUUUACAAACUGAAGAUGACAAACAGCUGCUACUUUCCACAUCAAUGGAUAGAGAUAUAAAAUGUUGGGACAUGGCCACCCUGGAGUGCUGUUGGACCCUGCCUUCCCUUGGUGGGUUUGCCUACAGCCUGGCUUUCUCUCCUGUGGACAUAGGCUGUUUGGCCAUAGGUGUUGGGGAUGGCAUGAUCCGUGUGUGGAAUACACUCUCCAUAAAGAACAACUAUGAUGUGAAAAAUUUUUGGCAGGGUGUCAAGUCCAAGGUUACAGCGCUGUGCUGGCACCCAGCCAAGGAAGGUUGCUUAGCCUUUGGAACUGAUGAUGGAAAAGUGGGAUUAUAUGACACCUACUCCAACAAACCUCCACAGAUUUCUAGCACAUAUCAUAAGAAGACUGUGUACACAUUAGCCUGGGGGCCACCAGUACCCCCUAUGUCACUUGGUAAAUUAUUUACAAGAAUGGCUGUUUACAAAAUGCCUGUACACACAGAGAUCAGCUGGAAAGCAGAUGGCAAAGUCAUGGCUCUUGGCAAUGAAGAUGGAUCAAUAGAAAUAUUUCAAGUACCCAACUUGAAACUGAUGUGCACCAUCCUGCAGCAUCACAAGCUUGUGAAUACCAUUAGCUGGCAUCAUGAGCAUGGCAGCCAGCCAGAGCUGAGUUAUCUGAUGGCCUCUGGCUCCAACAAUGCAGUCAUUUACGUGCACAACCUGAAGGCUGUCAUAGAGAGCAAUCCUGAGUCUCCAGUGACCAUUACAGAGCCCUACCGGACCCUCUCAGGGCACACAGCCAAGAUUACCAGUCUGGCUUGGAGCCCCCAUCAUGAUGGAAGGCUGGUAUCUGCUUCCUACGAUGGAACAGCCCAGGUGUGGGAUGCUGUUCGGGAAGAGCCCCUGUGUAAUUUCCGAGGACAUCGAGGUCGACUGCUUUGUGUGGCAUGGUCCCCAUUAGAUCCAGACUGCAUCUACUCCGGGGCGGAUGACUUCUGUGUGUACAAAUGGCUCACUUCCAUGCAAGAUCAUUCUCGGCCUCCUCAAGGCAAAAAAAGUAUUGAAUUAGAGAAGAAACGACUUUCUCAACCUAAGCCAAAGCCCAAAAAGAAAAAGAAGCCCACCUUGAGAGCUCCCGUAAAGCUGGAUUCGAUGGAUGGGAAUGAAGAAGAGAGCGUCAAGGAGAACUUGGGACCUGUUGAGAAUGGCGUGUCAGACCAAGAGGGGGAGGAGGAAGCUCAGGAGCCAGAGUUGCCCUGUAGCCUCGCUGCAGUGGUUUCUAGAGAACCAGUGACCUGCACUGCAGUUUCCUCAGGCUUUGAAAAGUCAAAAGUCACCAUUAAUAACAAAGUCACUUUUCUGAAAAAGGAGCCACCUAAAGAGAAGCCAGAAGCCUUAAUCAAGAAGAGAAAAGCUCGUUCCAUGCUUCCACUGAGUACGAGUCUGGACCACAGGUCCAAAGAGGAGCUUCAUCAGGACUGUUUGGUACUAGCAUCUGCAAAACACUCAAAAGAGCUAAAUGAGGAUGUGUCUGCUGAUCUUGAGGAAAGAUUUCACCUGGGGCUUUUCACAGACAGGGCUACCCUGUACAGAAUGAUUGAGAUUGAAGGAAAAGGUCACCUGGAAAAUGGCCACCCUGACUUAUUUCACCAGCUCAUGCUUUGGAAAGGGGAUCUAAAGGGUGUUCUCCAGACCGCAGCAGAAAGAGGGGAGCUGACAGACAAUCUUGUGGCUAUGGCACCAGUAGCUGGCUACCAUGUAUGGCUCUGGGCCGUGGAAGCUUUUGCCAAACAGCUGUGUUUUCAGGAUCAGUAUGUCAAGGCGGCUUCUCACCUCCUUUCCAUCCACAAAGUGUAUGAAGCUGUGGAGCUGCUCAAGUCAAACCAUUUUUAUAGGGAAGCUAUUGCUAUUGCCAAGGCCCGGCUGCGCCCAGAGGACCCAAUCCUGAAGGACUUGUACCUCAGCUGGGGAACCGUCCUAGAAAGAGAUGGCCAUUAUGCCAUAGCAGCCAAAUGCUAUUUAGGGGCCACUUCCGCUUAUGAUGCCGCCAAAGUUUUGGCCAAAAAGGGGGAUGCAGCAUCGCUUAGAACAGCUGCAGAGUUGGCUGCAAUCGUAGGAGAGGAUGAGUUGUCUGCUUCUCUUGCUCUCAGAUGUGCCCAAGAGCUGCUUCUGGCCAGGAACUGGGUGGGAGCCCAGGAAGCCCUGCAGCUGCAUGAAAGUCUACAGGGUCAGAGACUGGUGUUUUGCCUUCUUGAGCUACUGUCCAGGCAUCUGGAGGAAAAGCAGUUUUCAGAGGGCAAAAGUUCCUCUUCCUCUUACCACUCUUGGACCACAGGCACUGAAGGGCCCUUCGUGGAGAGAGUGACCGCAGUGUGGAGGAGCGCCUUCAGCGUUGACACCCCAGAGCAGUGUCAGGCAGCCUUCCAGAAGCUGCAAAAUAUCCAGUAUCCGUCUGCUACCAGUAACACCCCCUCCAAACAGCUCCUGCUUCACGUUUGCCAUGACUUGACCUUGGCAGUGCUGAGCCAGCAGGCGGCCCGUUGGGGUGAGGCCGUGCAAGCACUGCUGCGGGCUGUGGUCCGCAGCUACGACUCGGGCAGCUUCACCGUCAUGCAGGAAGUGCACUCAGCCUUCCUCCCUGAAGGCUGUGACCACCUAAGAGAGAAACUGGGUGAGCAUCAGUCCCCCGCCACACCAGCUUUCAAAAGUCUGGAGGCCUUCUUUGUUUAUGGGCGUCUGUAUGAGUUCUGGUGGUCUCUCUCCAGCCCUUGCCCCAAAUCCAGCGUCUGGGUAAGGGCUGGUCACAGCAGAACGCCGUCUGUUGAGCAGAGCCAGCAGUUGGACAGUGCCGGCACCACAGAAAAUGAAGCUUCUCAGCCAGAGGCAAGCAGGCCUCCAGAACUACACUUGACACUCACAGAAGAAAGUGAGCGAAUGCUGAGUGCUUGUAAGGAUCUCCUUUCAGAAAAGCAUGCCAGUCUCCAAAACUCCCAGAGAACUGUCGCCGAAGUCCAGGAGACCUUGGCAGAAAUGAUCCGCCAACACCAGAAGAGUCAGCUUUGUAAAUCCACAGUGAAUGGGGCUGACAAGAACGGACCUGAGCAGGAAGCAGAGCAGUCCCUCUCUGGCCAGAGCCAGUGUAAAGAAGAAAAAAAUGAGCCGGUUUCUCUGCCUGAAUUAACCAAAAGGCUUACAGAAGCAAAUGAGAGAAUGGCUAAGUUUCCUGAGGGUAUUAAGGCCUGGCCCUUCCCAGAUGUGCUGGAGUGCUGCCUCGUCUUGCUUCACAUCGCAUCCCAGUGUCCUAGCUAUGUGACCCAGGAAAUGCAGCAACAGGCCCAAGAGCUCCUUCAGAAAUAUGGCAAUACUAAAGCUUACCAAAGACACUGCCAGACCUUCUGUACGUGAACUUUCAAGGACCUUGAAGAAACUGUGCCAAAUUCUAAACGUUUGACACAUUUCACCUCUGCAGUUACAACUCACCAGACAUUCACUCUGGUCCCUAGAUGUUUUUGCAGUAAUCCAAAAUAAUGCAAAUGAAGGUUAAGUAUGAAUCAACUCUCUCUACCCUUAGACACCGUGGAAUCUGACUUUGGACUCAAUUGUGGUUUUCUACUGGAAAAGAUGAUGAAAAGCCAGCAGUAGUUAUUCAGAACUAACACACAGAGUGAUUGUUGGUUAUCUCUAAAGCCUUAUGCAGGUUUCGCCCAAAGAGGAGAAACUUUUGUAAUCACCCAAAGUGUUAUGUUCUUAAACACGAGCUACCUUUAUAAACACUUCGCCUGAUUGUAAACAUGUCAUUCUUGAGAUAGAGUUGCUGCUUUCAUGACUACUGGGAUAGUUUUUUUUAAAUUGUUUUUGUUAACCUGACCUCACCCUUCUCCUACUCUUUCAAAGAUUGAAGUUUGAAUGUGAAAUAGGCCUUACCCAUCAUGUUGACUCUUUAUGCUGUCUGAACUUUAGGUCGAA